AGAAACCUUAGUUUUCUAUUCUCAAACAAAGUACAGAAGCCACCUUUUUUCGCAGUUAUAAAAAUACGAAAUGUCAUCUCUUUUCAGUUUGGUUUGACAUUAAUGGCAGUCCCAAUGGAUUUCGCAACUAAAAACGUAUUGCAAGAACUCUUAAGAGAAUGCACCAACAAAUCGAUACAAAUUCCAGAAAGCUUUAUCUUAUACUACGUGAAAUUAUUACUGUUAAACCCCUCCUGGGGGAUACUUCCGGGAACGCUACCACAUCGUAACGACGUGAGGUACCUUGUGAAACAGUGCGUGCAGAAAUUAAGCAAUCAAUCGCACUCCAGCAUCGUAACGUUAAAAAUCCAACACUAUUUUAAAGAAAACUUCGAAAAUCUCGAAAAUAUGAUAAUAAAGAACCGGGCUGAUCUUAAGGCGCGAAUUUUGCCCUUAGAAAAAGAUAUUCUAGACGCGUACGUCGAGGACGAGGAAGGACUAGGGAGACUGUUCCGGAAAGUCGUAUACUUCAUCACCUUAACUUCCGGGUUGGGCAAUCCAACUGAUGAACAGGUGUACAAGGAAUCAGCGGCUGCCUUAAAAAGUGCGUUGCUCGAAACGGAUCUUAAGGAGUUUGUUAAUGAGACGCGUGAAAAUAAGGAGUAUCAGUUGAUUGAGUUGACCGAGUUGGUGACGGGGAUAAGACUAUUUAACCGGGACUGUAAAAAAUGCGGAUCCGGAAUUGAGGACUUACCGAAAAUGCUAACCAAGGCCCUUGAAGUGACGCUUCAAGAUAUCGAAAAGACAUUGGAGUCGAUCAUGGAAACUGUCAACUUGCUUACGACUGCUGUUGACAACAACUACGAGAUUGAGCCGAGUGCAGAAUCGUACGUCUUACGUCGGCGCCUACCGGAUAACGUUGAUGAGCCCCAGCUCAAUCACGUGAUGAACUUAUUAAUCAUUUAUAGGCAAUAUGAAUUGUUUGUCAGGAAAAUUCUAGUUGAAGUCAGCAACAUGAGUACCACCGCAAAGAGUACCAUUGAAAAAUUAAAAGAUCUUCUGUCUAAAGUGCACAACUCGGUCAGUUUUAGAACUGCGAUUCCAACAAUCCAAGUUUUUCCACUAUUCUCCCAGGUUGCCGACGCAUGGUACCGUCUGCAAAAUCAAACCAUAGCCUUAUCUCAACUGAACCAAAUGCUGCUAAACCUCCAUUUUGAGGUCGAACGUACAAACUUUACCGAGGAUGUGAUUCGCUUAAUGCUCGGCCCCUCCAGUAUCAUCUCUGACGCGGACCGAUUAGAGAAAACAACGCAACUGAAAAUUAGACAGACAAGCGCGGACGCUCCCAUCGUCUAUCCGUCGGACGUAUCCGACUUUGAACGAAUCGAGCUUCAGUACCUCGGGUUUUGCGCUUGGAAGUUCGUGGAGACCGGCGGCGGGCUGAUACCGGCGAAUCCCAAUAUGGGCGUUUUGCGAAUUGAUGGGAAAUACUACGCGUUUUGUUGCCCGGAAGCUGCGGUCGCUUUUUGUUCAAAUCCCUUCCGAAAUAUCUUAAGAGGACUUGAGGUGGUACGACGUCGAUGUGAGCUAAUUAAUUUACUUCAAAUGGAAGAUCAGCUGAUUAAGGUUUCCAAAAUCGAACAAAAGGGGAAGCUUUAUCCCCAUUUAACCCUUGCUGUAUCUCGCACCAUUACGGAGAUCCCAUUGGUUGGUGGUAGAAAUUCCUCAACCCACUUCAACAUGCGAAGUCGAAGCACAAACCGACUUGCAUCCAAACCCGACAUACAUCGACCCAAGCUACAUGUGGAAUAUCUGGGAUUGGAAACGACAGGCAAUCCUAUACGCGAAUUUAUCCAGGUGUAUCACGUGUUCUACGCAAACUACCAAAUCACGAGCACGAGAAGCUACGGUAACGCAGACGUACGACACGAAGCACGCCUCGCAGCAGACCAAAAGAGAAAAUUACUCGAACGUACCCACAGUAUCGUCCUUUAUUUAUGGGUUGCGAGGAAGACUGGACGAUUUGCAACAUGUGAUUACUUUAACAAGACCUGUAGAUGAAUAAACACUUCUCUCGUUCA